AGAUAAGAAGAUUAUUCCUAGGGUCACUAAUGAUGUCAAAUUGAUAAGUGGGGGCAAAAUAUUAGAGAACAACAAAACAAUUGCCCAGUGUAGAUCACCAUUUGGUGAGCUUCCUGCAGGGGUUAUCACCAUGCAUGUUGUUGUGCAACCGUCAUUGACUAAAAUUAAAACUGAAAAGAAGGUCGACGAGUUUCCGAAAAAGACAACCUGUUCUUGCUCUAUAUUGUAGAGCAAGGAGAGAACUUCAGUGCUUGUGGCCAGCAGCAACGAAGUCAUCUGCUGUUGGGCUUUAUCGGCGGUGAGCAGAGAUCAGAGGUGGACGUGCCUGUCUUCUGGGAAAGAACUGUCAUAUCUGUUUGGUGUAAGCUGUUGAAGAAUCGGGUUUGCUGUAUGGUUGUGCCAUUUGUGUUGAGGGAGAGAGUGGCUCAAGGUCUAUGUAAGGAGUAGAUUGUACCUGUAGAUCUCAUCACAGAUUUAGAGUUUUGGAUAAAACAUAUUUGUAUAUUGAUUGCAUUGGCUGCUAAUUAUUUAGAUAAUACCAAUGGUUCCCAUGUUAUA